UGUAGUCGAACAGGGCUGACAAGGGCCCCUUGGCCCCUGGGAAACCAUGACAACAAAUGACCUGAAGAUAAGGGAGAAGAACAGGAUAGACCAAAUAAGGGAGAAACAAGACAUUCCACAUGUCCAUUGGUCAAGUAGUAGCCCUGAGGCAUUCCACCUUUCGGGUGGUUGCUAGUGGUAACCAGAUAGGGAAGUUGUGAUCUCAUGCGAAGUCAGGGGGGGGCGUAGACGAAGAUGUACAAAGCUAUAUAAGUUUCUGUCGCUAUCAAAUAAACGCCAUUUUACCUUCCACCACAUUGGUGUGCACCUUGGGUAAAUGGACAGACCGAGGAGUCCCUAACGAUUGCGAACACCUGUAUGAGGUCUUUCGCAGGCGAAAGGCUUCAUCUGGUGACCCCGACGUGAUCGUUAGGGAAUAGUGGUCGGCCACAGGCGGCGUGGCGUUCCUGCUCUCUUCCGUCUCCCUUGGGGAAGGAGACGAUGACCCUAGAAGAGGGGGCUGCGGCUUAGGAGAGUGGAAGCUGGGUAGCGUCGGAGGGGGGCUCUGCGCGCGAGCCUGCUUAACCUGCCGAGGACCCAGGAGACCAUCGCAGGAGGAUCCCGGUGGUCUCGAGAUCCGCGGGAGAGUGCCCGGUGGAGAUCCGCGGGAGUACGCCCGGUGGAGGGACUAUGGAGGCCGUCAUAAAGGUGAUUUCGUCCGCGUGUAAGACCUACUGCGGGAAAACUUCUCCUUCUAAGAAGGAAAUAGGGGCAAUGUUGUCCCUUUUACAAAAGGAGGGACUGCUUACAUCUCCCUCAGAUUUGUAUUCCCCGGGGUCCUGGGAUCCCAUCACCGCAGCGCUUUCCCAGCGGGCGAUGGUACUCGGGAAGUCAGGAGAAUUGAAAUCCUGGGGACUGGUUUUGGGGGCGCUGAAGGCGGCGCGGGAGGAACAGGUUACAUCUGAACAGGCGAAGUUUUGGUUGGGUUUAGGGGGAGGGAAGGUCUCUCCCACAGAUCCUACAGGAGAGCGCAAUACCGAGCCUCAGGUCGAUGAGGAGAAAGGGAAAACGGCUGCGCGCGUUAUGAUGGGCUUCGAAUUUAAUAACACCGUGAGAAACGGAGCGGGAAGCGUACUUUCUUGCAGCUCCCCUGAGGAAGAGAACACCGCAAAUAUGCCCUCAGCUAUGGCGACUAACAUCUCGUCCGCACCAUCGGCACCCCCUUCUGCUCCCCCCUCGGCUCCAGCUUCGCAUAAACAAGUAGAAGAAGACUGCGCUGAACUGUCUGCACUUUCAUCUUGCAAAACGGCUCAAGUGCAGGAAUCCAAGGUCGCUGAAACUCCCCAGCCGUAUCCAGGACAACCGCUGUAUCCUUCUCUGUGUAACCUAACACCACCUGUGGGGGCAGGGGGAAUAGUGAGCUGGGAUGGGACACUUGCUGUCUCCUCUCAGGAGGUGGAAUGCAGUAACACCCAGGGGGGUGGGGACUGCGGGCAAGGCUCGGGUACGGAUGGAGAAAGAAAUAACGACAGUCUCCGGACCCACUCUCUGCCACAGUGUUCAGACCCAUUGACUCGACCCACAUAUCCUUUUACAAAAUUGAGUGCGCAUGCAACCAAUCAGAAGCCUCUACAACAGUCAGUGUAUGAUCAAAGGGAGAUGGGCACAGUGGGAGCGGUGCGGAGCCCGCAGCUUCCAGCUGUGACUGAAAAGGAUAGCGAAAGGAGAGAGGUGAAUCUGCAUUUGGGAGUUAAGAGAGAUGCACUAACAGAUUGUGGGAAGUUUAGAUCUAGCCUGAUAGAGGAAGGAAGAGCACUAGAGACCUUCCUGACAGAAGGGAAUGAUAACAGAGGUCCGGGAGGGGUAUCCCUCGAUCUGAAAGGCAUCACACACCUGAUAGAUUGUGCAGAGAAAUGGGGAUUGAAAUCAUCCCUCACUUUAAAUGCAUUAGAAGUCCUGACAGCAUCAGGCCUUCUCUUUCCUCAUGUAACAAAUCUGAUGUGCAUGGUUCUUAAGCCAGUGCAGUAUACAUUGUGGGCAUCAGAAUGGUUUCCCUUCAGGGACAGGUGGCCAGAUUGAGGCCUGGAGAACAAUUAAUUCCAUACAGUUGGUUUGUGAGAGCAAUGCUCUCAAAGCCUGAGACAUCUGCCUUGUUAUUGAACAAAUGUUUAUCAUUUUUGAGGUACAUUCCAACAGGUACCUGAGACAAUGUUUGUAUAUAUUGGGCACAGAUAGUGCCACUAGAGCUAUCAGCAAUCACUCUAAUCUCUAAUCUCUCUGUCUAUAACUUUACUAGUAUUGUAGGAUGUGGCUUUAAUUAUUAAGUGUCGUGACAUCACAUCAGUUCUUGCAGGAUAAUUACACGGUGAUUAAAGACCUAUCACCUACUCCAAGUGGGAUGAAUCUCGCUUUGGCUUACCAAGGAAGGAACUUGGUAAGGAAGCUUUUGCAACAUGAUGACCUGCACCAAUCCUGAAACGUGACAGAGACAAUGGGCCGAAAACCUUGAUCACCAUUCACCAUGACCCAGAAGAGAUCCAUCGUGUCCUAGAGAGAGUAAAGAAGGACGGAGAACACCACUGGUGGGAAGUGCUUCUGGGAUGGUCCACCAAUGCGACGGGAAUGUUUAACUCUGUUUAACUCUAUUCAUUAUUCAGUUAUAGUUGUAUUAGGUCUAAUAUUAAUACACUUUAUGCUUAUAGUCAUAUUAUAUAUAGAUAUAUAGGUAUAUUACAGAUAUAAGUAUAGUGUGUGCUGAGACAAAUGACUCAUAUGGCAAAUGCCAAGAUGAACGAAUCAGCAUUGAGAGAAUGGAAUAUAUAGCUUUACAUAGAACUCACGUUUAAGAUAUUAGGAUUAUUAGGUUUAUAGGUUAUAGGGUUAUUAGGGUAGGAUUAUUUGGCGAAUCGGGAUGUAACGGGGCAAGGCUUAACUGAGAGGACAAUGGCAUGUAUAGGCGCAAUGCGGGGAUUUCGGGUUGUACGCGGUUAGGGUCCUCUCAGAAUGUAGUAGUUACGCUUAUGCAUAGGGAGGGGGAAAUGUAGUCGAACAGGGCUGACAAGGGCCCCUUGGCCCCUGGGAAACCAUGACAACAAAUGACCUGAAGAUAAGGGAGAAGAACAGGAUAGACCAAAUAAGGGAGAAACAAGACAUUCCACAUGUCCAUUGGUCAAGUAGUAGCCCUGAGGCAUUCCACCUUUCGGGUGGUUGCUAGUGGUAACCAGAUAGGGAAGUUGUGAUCUCAUGCGAAGUCAGGGGGGGCGUAGACGAAGAUGUACAAAGCUAUAUAAGUUUCUGUCGCUAUCAAAUAAACGCCAUUUUACCUUCCACCA